ACUUUUUUGAGGCGGGACAUUGUCCCAACCCCUCAGCCACCGCACCUGCUCUUCACCAUGGCGCUUCCCAAGGGCAUGCGCUACUUGGCUGGCGCCACUUUCUGCAUCUUCAUCUACCUGUUCGUGCAGAUCCUCAAGGCGCCAGGUUCCGAGACACCCGUCGAGAUUCCGAGCAAGCUUCCGACCAACAAAGUCGGCGAUUGGGACCACGACCCUCAGUUAGAUCCCUCCGGCGAACCUCCUGAGCCGCUGCGACGAGUUGACGGCAACAACUACGCCCCGAACAAUCCCACAAGCGCGCGCAUCAACGCCACAAUCCUUAGCCUGGUGCGCAAUGAAGAACUCCAAGACAUGCUACAGAGCAUGCGCGAUCUCGAGCGCACAUGGAACCACAAGUUCAAUUACCCCUGGACCUUCUUCAACGAUAAGCCCUUUACUGAAGAGUUCAAAAAGGCCACGCGAGCAGCCACCAAUGCUGAAGUGCGAUACGAGCUAGUCCCUGCCGAACACUGGGACGUACCCUCGUGGAUCAACAUGGACUUGUAUGAGGAGUCUGUUUCUCUGCUCAAGUCGCUGGACGUGCAAUACAUGGACAAAAAGUCGUACCACCAAAUGUGUCGGUGGAACAGCGGAAUGUUCAGCGAGCAUCCUGCGCUGAAGGACAUCCAAUACUACUGGCGCGUGGAGCCUAACGUUCACUUCUUCUGCGAUGUCGACUACGAUGUCUUUGCAUGGAUGCAGGACCACAACAAAACAUACGGAUUCAAUAUCAACAUUUACGACAGCCCCGAUAGCGUCGCGACAUUAUGGCCCGAGACAAAGAAAUUCAUCGAGGAUAAUCCAGGAUACGUUCAUCCGAACAAUGCGCGAGAGUGGUUGGAAGACGACAAGCGACGGCCUGAGAACAACCAGAAAGCACACGGGUACUCAACCUGCCACUUCUGGUCCAACUUCGAAAUCGGCGACCUGAGCUUUUGGAGAAGCAAAAAGUACCGUGACUACUUCGACCAUCUUGAUCGUGCUGGAGGCUUCUUUUACGAACGCUGGGGCGAUGCGCCGGUACACAGUGUCGCAUUAGGAUUGUUCGAAGAUAAGAGCAAGAUACAUUGGUUCCGAGACAUCGGAUAUCAGCACAUACCCUUCUUCAACUGCCCGAACAGUCCAAAGUGUUCUGGCUGUGUUACUGGUCGGUUCACAGACGGUGAGAAGUGGUUGAACCGGGAAGACUGUCGACCGCUGUGGUUCAAAUAUGUUGGCAUGGACUGAGCUCUUCUUCUUAGACAGCAUUGCCCUCUAUCUUGUACGAUCGUCUGUAGCUAAGCCACCUACUGUGUGUAGCAGCAGUGACCGUGGUUGGUGCCAAUAUAUGCACUCAUGCGGUGGGAACCCCUGGAGACCUCGGAGUUAUUUGGUAUCCAAUUAUGAACAGCUUUCAUCUUGAUACGACGCAUUUACAUUCAAUAGCACGUAUACCACUAGACGCAAUGAGAAUUUAUGAAGAUACUCUGAAACUGAGCAUUGCAUUAGACGU